CAGCGUCUCCAUCUCACGCCCGCCGCCUGCGUGUGGACCUUCGCUUUUCCUGAGGCCGGACUUCUCUUCGGUCCUGAACUGUCGACUCUUUCCUCCUUCUUUCAGCUUGUUGUGCAAGUUGUUCAGCUCUUUCUCCCCGAGAGUUGCCCUGCUUCACGCACCCUCUCUCGCAGCCACACCGAAGCCGGAAACGAUUUCUCAGUUUACCGGGGCCGCUCCAGACUGAGACGCUUUGCUUGACUGAGCAUGGCAGGCACUUUCGAUUGCGUAGAUUUCUUUGGGGCUCUUCCCGCACAAAUUUUUCCUCUGAACUCCGGCUGCGGCGUCUCGAGUCUUUACAAAAAUGACAAGGAAAAUCUCCUCUGAGAAAAGAAUGCGUGGAUGGUGCGGAGGUAAACCCACAUAUGCGCGUGUGUCUGAGAGGACAAGGUUUCGUUUCAUGAACUGACAGACGCUGCUCUGAAGCCGGGACUCGCCGGACUGUAAAGAUGCACCCUCGAGGAAGAAUUCGCGUUCUCUGCGCGAGUUCGGUGGUGCCAGCUCCGCCUCUCAGUCGCCGACACCGCUGGAGACAGUUCUUUUCCUCUUUGCUUUCUGCUUGGUUCUUCUUCGUCUUCACUUUCGGUGUUUCGCUGAUUCUCAUCGGCCGCGGCGCGGCGGCCAGCCUGCUGUCCAGAGCGCCUUCCUGGGGGGGACCUCUGGUGUCCAUACACCCGAGAAGGAGCGUCGAUGGGAGCGCGUCUCGGAGUGCUGCUGCUUAUUCGGAUUUCUCGUCUCGGCAGCCGGUUCGAGAUCACUCUUCAUUUGGGGAUGAACGUCUGGGGAACGAUUUCUGCUCUUCUCGCAGGGGCAGCCUCCGUUUCCCCGUUCCCUUGAGAAAAACCUUUUCGUCACCCUCCCUGACUUUCCAGUCUCUCACCGUCUCUUUGCCUUCUUCUCCGUCUGUUCCAACGUCUCCUCACUCCAGCUCCAGCGCUUUCAAAUCGUCACACAUCUUCGCGUUGCCCUUCUCCUCCUCUUCUGCCUCUUCCACGCCUUCGACUGCGUCCUCUCCCUUGUCUCCCACUGCGUCUCCUCCUUUGUCUUCAACUUCUUUCUCUUCUUUCUCUUUCGUUCCUUUGUCCUCCCUUUAUCUCCGGUCUUCCUCUCGCUGGUCAAGGCGUCCAAGGGGAAAGGAGAAAACAUCAUGGGGGUCUUCGUUGAGGCUGGCGCCUACGUCGGGGGACGUGGAGGACGACGGCGACGAUCUGCGUUUCCCUCCUCCUCCUCCUCCUUCUUCUUCUCGUCCGGUCUCUUCUCAAGUCGUUGCAGCACUCGGAAUCUCACCGGACCUCUCAGAGGCAGAUGUCCGCGCCUCUCAAGGCCGAAAGGCCUUCGAAGACGCGCGAAGAAAGUCCUCUCGGCCCGACGGCCGCCGGACAGCGCCCGCGAAAAAGGGACUCCCUGAGAGUGCGACGAAGCCUCCUCUUUUCGCCGAGUCUGCAAGCCACCCGCGGCGCCGGCCUUCUUCAAUGCGUCCUCCUCCCCGUUUGUCUCCGUCGUCUUCUCUCUCCCCGCUUAGUUAUCGCGCUGUUCCCUCUCCAUCUCCUCAGUCGGCUGUUCCCUCUUCUUCUCCUUCUUCUUUAGCCGCGGCGUCUCCUGUGGAGCAAAGUGCAGAGGCAUGUUCGACGUCCGGCAGUCAGAGGAGAGGAGAUCCGCGACGCAGAGUUCUCGGGGAGAAGGCGACAGAGGCAGAGAGAGGAGGCCGCAAGAGAGAGAGCUUCAGAAGCGAGAAAGAGGCAAGAGGCAAAGGUGGAGCAGACGAGAAAGGAGACAAAGGAGAGGAAAGCAAGGAAAGCAAGGAAAGCAAAGACAGCCGCCCCACCAUGGAGGAGUGCGUCGAGUUGCUUGAGUGGCUUGUCGCUGAGAAUGUCGAAAUCGAUGCUUCUGUGUUGACGGUGGACAGCCGAGCGGCGUCUCUCAGGCUGCUGCUGCCGCAUGCAGCUUCUCAGUUUCUGCCCACUCAGGUCCAGCUUCGGCGAGAGGACUACCACCCUCUUCGGUCGUUUUCUGCUUCUCCAACCGACGCCGAAUCUGCUCUCGAACCGAAGAAGAAGAGUCCCUUUGCCUUCGUGCGUCAUCCGCUGCGCCUGACUAGCCAGGCAAGCACCAGCGUAGGGCCGAGCCUGCCCUUCACGUGGAUGUACACCUCAGACAGCGAGCAACUGUCGCCAGAGCAUGUGCAGGCGAAGCGCUGGCAGUUGCUGAGGCCUGGAGAUCACUUGCGAGUCCGCGUCGCGCGAGCUGAAGUUCCAGAUGGACGGAGCUUCGUCGCCGAGCACCCCGCGGCGCUGCGAGAAACGGAAACAGAAGAGAGACGGGGAAACGGAGAGGGGAGAAACGCGUAUGCGGAAGGUGAAGAGACACCUGGAGAAAGAGCCAAAAAAGAGACACGAGACGAGAACACAGAGGAGACAGAAGGAAAGAAAGACGGAGAUGAAAGAACAGGACGAGGCGAACAAGAAGAAGAGAAGAGAGAAGAGGAGAACCUGCGGUUCGGGAGUGGGGGAGGAAAGAAAGGAAAGAAGAGGGGAAUUUCCCUCCGCAUAGCUUUUGGAUGGCCGCCCGCAGAGGCAAAAGAAGAACUGGAAAACUGGCGACAAGUCAAGGCGGAAGCGGAGAGGCGACUAGGAGAGAACGGCAGAAAGAACGUUACGGGAGAAAGACUCAAAGCCGGCCUGGAGAAACUAAUCCACCAAGACAUCGCUUGGGCGCUGCCGCGGCUGUCGCCGUUGGAGGUGACGUCGUACUUGCCAGCACACCUGACUUCUCCACGCCUCCAUCCUCACCCCUCGGAGACGCUGGAUGCGAAGAGACGCCGCGGACCUUCGUCCCUGCUGCAGGAGAAGAAAGCGCUUCUCGAGGAAAUCCGGAAGACUCAGAGUGAAGAGAGGUCGAGCGAAACGCGUUCGCGAGAAAACGCACCCGAGGGCGGUGCCAGAGACGCCGAUUCAGCAGGCGGAUCUGCGGAUUCGGGUGUACAGACACCCGAGAGGGACCGCGGCGUUUCAAGCUCCGGUGUACAGACACCCGAGCAAGACUGGAUUCCGCCCUUGAAGCCUCCGUCGCGCCAGCCCCAUCGCUCCCGCAUCAUUGGAAUUUUGAACGACUUUCUGCUGGUUGAGGUGGACGUUGCCAAGAGGGAACGCGCGAAAGGGGAGACGGGGACCGACGAAGGAGAGGGCGAGGAAACGAAGAGAAACUCGAAUGGAGAAGAUGGCGAAUCGCAUACGAGAGAGCAGGAGGGAAAGGGGAAAGAUACACUCGUCGCGCUCCUCCCCAUAGAGGAAUUCGGUCACAUCCUUGAAUGGGUCCGCCACCGUGAGAAGGUGUACAUACACCGCAACACCUUCACCUACGGCCUCACGAUGCGAGGGAACAAGCCUUGGGAAGGAUUUAGGUUUGCAGAAGAUGAAAAGACAGGCCGCAACGACGAACUCGAGAGCAAGGCGCCGCCAUCGUCGAUCGAUCUAUACUUCUCCUGCGUCCAGAAGUUUCCGCUCGAUCUGGAUUUUCCUGCAACUUCUUCGCUGACUGCCUUCCUGCCUCCGAUUCGAGGCCCGCCGCGCUGCCCCGCUGCUGGCGCCCUCGCGAAGGUCGGCACCCAGGCUGUUCUAGAAACGGCCAACUACCUCUUCAACUCUUCUUCUUCUCCCUCUUCCACUCUGCCUUCUGCUUCUUCUUCUUCUGCUUCUUCUUUGUCUUCUUCUUCUUCUUCUUUGUCUUCUUCUUCUUUGCCUUUCCUUCCUCUGCCGAGCACUCCGUGGCGUCCGCCGUGGAUAGUGGUGAUGUCGGCGCACCCGCCGAUCCCUGCGGAGGUGGCGUACAUGCUGUUUUUCCACCAGCCGCCGAAUCACCUGCGUGCAGAGGUCGAGAAGUUCCACCGGUUCAUGGAGGAGCAAGAGCGCGAGCACCUCGCCGACACACUCGCGCUGUACAAGCCGUACGGCGCAGAGGGCAAGCAUGCGCUCGAGCGGUGGCACAGAGCUCACAGACAGAGUUUGCGGCAGCGACAGACUGCGGGGUUUCCUUGGUGGGAGGAACGAGGCGAGGCCGCGCGCGAAGCCGAGCUCCAGAACAUCCUCGGCUACUACCAGUACAAGAAACUUCUCCUUGCCCGCGAGUAUGCCAAGGAAGAAACUGCUCUCGAACGCAUGCACAACAUCGUCUUCGUAGAUCGACACGGAGACGCACUCGAGGACAUCACCCACUGGCUUUUGGACGAGAGGAAAUCUCGCCUGACUCCAAAGUUCGUGAAGCAAUUCGUGGAGGACAUCCAGGACCGAUGCGCCGUGCUGCGGCGCCUCGACCUCACAGAGCCUCUGCGGACUUUGAUUCGAGAGAAGGAGCGCCUCCAAGCGGCGGACGUCUCCGCGCUUCCGCUUCUGACGAAGCGAAAGGAACUUCUGACUCGGAAGCAUCGCCCCGUGUCGCGCGCCAGGGUCGAGGCGGCGGUGGACAUACACCCCGAGGCGCGGCUGCGACUGCUGCAGCUCCUGGACUUGAACGUCCCCUUCAUGGACCCAAUUGCGUGGAUGUUGAAGAUUCACCAAGAGAAGCGCCAGAGAGCCUCCGGCGAUCCCUUCUCGCCGCCUUUGUGGGAGAUGUUUCUGCUGCAUGCACGCGUGAAUCUGCAGAAAGCGGCGCCGCCCGAUGACGUUCCGACCUACGAGGCCUGGCAGAAGGCCGAAGGCGCAGGCAGACGAAGGUCGAAACGAACUGUCGACGGACCCGCGAAACAUGUGGUGGAUCCGGUGGAGGCGAUGAUCGACCAACUCCCCGAAGGCGCUGCCGACUUUCUACGCGACUCGCAAGAUGCCGCGGUCGGCUCGCAGACCCUCCGGAAUCUGCAGAGAGACUUGGCCUCUGCGCUGCUUCCGCGGGCCAGCAGACGCGAAGGCAUGAUGGACGACUUCGUCAGCAUCAAGGACUUGCAUCCUGAGCUCCCGGAACUGAGCGAGUUGGCCGGAGGCAAGGCGGCGAAUCAACGCUGCGAGGUCUUCCUGCCUCUUACCGACGCCGUCGCCGGUGCAGAAGGAACGGUUGUGGGAGAAAGAGAGGGAGAAGGAGAAGAAGCGUGAGGAAAGAGCGAGAAGAAGCGUGAGGAAAGAGCGAGAAGAAGGAGAGAAACGACGAAGACCGCCGAGGGGCGCCAAGGAAGAAGACGAGAGUGGCAGUAGGAGUGCUGGAGAAGAGAUAGAGAAGUUCAGGAAGGAAUCCAUCUUCUCAGCUCAUGUUCUGAACGUCCUUUGGCUUUCUCGUUCUUCCUCUUUUUCACUUUUUCCAUCUUUCCUUCUCUCUUGCUGUCUUCCGUGUGCAACGUCUUUUGAGCAACCAGCCUUUCUGGGUGUUCGCCCGUUGCCUUUGUUUUUUCCAGCUCUUUUUUUUGUCUGCGCAGUCCUCUCGAUUUCCCUUUCUUGUCUGCUCUCCCGUGGUCUGUGCGUCGCCUCUCUUUUUCUCUUGUUUUUUCUUUCCUCUUCUUCGUCCGCCCUUCUGCCGUCCUCUGUCUCCACUGGCGCGUUUUCUUCUGUCGAAUGUCGCGGCUGUCGGUGUCUUCUGGAUCACGUGGAGGAGUGACUUCUCUGGAACGCGGCUCGAGCUUCUCCUUCCUUCUUUUUCUCGAGUGUGCACAAACGAGGAGCGCGUUCGCCGCUGAGGGGCCUCGAAGGCGUUCAGAGGAACCUGUGUCCUUUGCCCAUUCUUCUCAACGCCUUUGUCGCCUUCGCGCCUGACGUGACGUAUCGCGUUUCUGUGGCGCCUCGCGUUCGUUUGCGGCUCUCCCUUCUGUCUGCCUUCGCUGAAGAACGCGGAGAAACUGGGAGGCUCGCGAGGGGGCGACGAGUCACGACUCUUCGGUGACGCAGAAUUCCUAGAACCGGAAGUCGAUAGAACCCAGAGGCAUUCCCCCGCCGGCUCAAGUGGGCGAAAAUGGAGUCGAGCCUCAGUUGCUUGGAAGCGUUUCGUUUCGAAAGCUGCAUCUGUUGGAUCGACUGUCGACGCUUUUUCCUCGACUGAAGGAAGUCUAGAAAGGAAGCAGCCACCUUGUUGCCGUUGCCCUUGUUUCUUUCCGAGUCGAAGGAACUGCUUCGUGCUUUGUGAGUCCUCGUCUUCCUGACACAGCGGCAAAAACGUUCAGUCUCCCCGUCGAGUCGAAUUUUGAGCCGUCAGUGUUUUUUCGACCGACCUCGUUUGCCUGGUACGAAAAAGGCAGGUGCAGUCUUCGUUUGCGUGGGGGAAACAGCGUUCGUCUUUUGGAACUCACUUGAUGGUUUCAAGCUCCUGAAUUCCUUCGGCGGUUUGCCACGCGCUCCUGAGGCGCUGCUGCAAGAACUUAAAAAACGUUGGCUCCCUGUCUCGCUGAAAAAGGCCCUUUUGCCCGAGGAACAACCUUCGCGGGACUUCAGCGCUCCCUGGAAAAAGCCGCAAACGCGUCUUAGUCACGAACAAGGUUCACAGACACCUGCGGAUACAGUCCCCGAUGCCGGACAGACGACGCACUGAACAUCGCACAACAAACUGCAUGCCUUCUCCUCCGCUGUCCCUGAAAAAAAAGAUCCCCUUUGAAAAGUUCACCAACACACAAUUCCUC